GAAGUGCGACGGCAAGUCCAGAUUGCUAUGCAGGGUCGGGACAGCCGCAACCAAGCUUUGCAGCUCGAAGGGGAGUUGGAGAAGGACCUGCUGGACCAGUUGCGAUGGAGGCUUCUGAGCGCGGCCAUGAAGUCGGUGAAGGAGCCAAUGCUGGAGCUAGACAGCCUUCUGGACGAGGGGAACCUUCGAGUGCUUAUCCUGGCGAAGACCAAGGGAGAAAUCCACCUGUCCUACCUGUUCCAGGUGGUGGCGGUGGAAGAGCCACAGGCAAACCGUGGGGCGAUGAGAGGACUUCUCAACCAGCUGGAGGUGAUGGACCGUUCAGAGGUGGGAGAAGCUUGGCAGAUCCCGCAGCAGGUGAAAGCGAGGUGGGGGGACAUGGAGGCGAGGACUCUAUGGGCCUACUCGCCAAGGGCAUUCAGCAACUCCAACAACUACAACUGCGAAGAGAAGGACACGAGUGCGGUGGCUUUCCUGGAGUGGAUCUACGAGACGGGCCAGGUCAUUGGCUCCAUCACGGACAAGGCCGGUGUGUGGUGGGCAAUGACGCAGGAGCUGGUGAUGGAGGCGUACCAACGCUACCAGGUGGAGACUCCCUUAAAGCGCCUGGAGAUCAAACCGGGCACGAGCGCGGAGCUAGAGGACGGACGAUGGAGCCGCUUGGACAAACGUGUAAUGGCCCUCCUUCUCCCAGCGAUGACGGCCAAUGUCAAACAGGAAAUCCUGAUGUUGCGCCUGGCAGCAGUCAAGGACGUGCUCUUCAAGCUCUACACGGUCUAUGCUCCUGGGGGUGCGGCAGAGAGAGCGAGCUUGUUGAAGCAGUUGGAAAUAAUUCCAUCCCAGACCUCAGUGGUGGAACUGAUUGGCAGCUUGAGGAGAUGGAAGAAGUUGGCCAACCGUGCGGCGGAGAUGGGUGUGGCCUUGCCAGAUGGAUCUGUUCUUUUGGUGGCAAUCGAAACCGCCAUCAAGGGCCUGGUUGACUCCAACCGGGACAUGGCCUUCAAGCUGAACAUGGCAAAGCAGGAGCUCCAACUCCCUUGCAGACCUACGGUCAGUACGGUGAUGACGUAUGCCGAUCAUGUGAUGGCUGAGCUGCAGCAAAUCAUCCCGUACAACAACAAGGACGCGAAGCUGAAGGGAAUGCAGACUAACCCCUCAACACCUACUUCGAGUACAGCGUCGCCAAAGGGGAAGGGAGCUGGGCAACCUCAACCUUGCAAGUUUUGGCUUUCAGAUGAUGGGUGCCGCCGAGGAGCUUCAUGUAAGUACACCCACCAGUUCGCCACGAAGGAGGGCAAGAAGGCCCGAUGUUGGACAUGUGGGGCGAAGAAUCACCGCCAGAGUGAAUGCCCAACCAGGCAGAGCAGCAGCAAGAAGGGGCAGAAGGGCGGAGGUGGUUCAGUGGAAGGCACCGCCCAGACCUCAUCUACCACCAUGCCACAAGUUGCAUCUUUGGGAACUCCAACGGCAACAAGUGGAACUCUGGCCCCACCGGGUCCAACGAUGGUCUCUACAGGGACAGCCUCGACCUCGGCGACCUCUACCCUGGAGAAUCCCAUGGUCACAGCACCGACUACCUCAUCGAGUGAGCCCUCCUCUGCAGCCUCAACAAUUCUCUUCAACGAGAGCCCCAACACCGGGGAGAUCAAGGAGCUGGCUGAGCAGUUCCUGGCGAAGAUCAAGAGGCUGGCGCCAAUGCAGGCGCAGACGGAUGGAGCAGUGAUGGACUUGGAGUUGCUUUUGAGGUCCCAGGGCUUGGGAGAGAGCCACGGGAUGGCCCUGUUGGACAGUGGAGCAUCUCAUGCCUACCGUGCUCCACGAUCGUUGGAGGAGGCUCGGUCCUCCCGGAGAGUCAAGGUCCAACUCGCCGACGGCAAGACAGUUUCCCUACGCCAGAACACCGGUGGCACCCUUCUUGCUGAAGACGAUCAAGGAGGGACUAUAUUGCCGUUGGGAAGUUUGGUGAGUUCUCUCGGGUGCGAGCUCGAGUGGAGCAGGAAGCGUGGGCUCCAGGUGAGGCAUCCUAAGCAUGGCUUGCUGCCAACGAAGCUUGUGGGGAAUACUCCGGUGCUCCGCGAAGCCGAAGCCCUACAGUUGAUUGCGGACCUGGAAGACAUCGAGCUGAAUAAGCUGCAUGGAUCCACAGUCGAGGGAGCAGUCAAGAUGCUGAACACGGAGGAACAUCCCAGCACCUGGUUGGACCACCUAGAGGAGUACAUCAACAAGGGAGAGCGGAAGUGCCUAAGGCGGAUGCUCGUGGACGAAGAGUCGCCAUUGCAGGCGUUCACGGAGGAGGACAUUGCUGCCCUCAUUGGCCACGACGAGAGGAUCCUGCUGUCGGAUGAGGCGGGUGCUCACUACCUGAAGGCGCUCCCCUACAACCGCGCCCACCGCAAGAGACUACUGGGAACCAGGUGGAUCGUACACAUGUACAAUGGAGAUGAAAGUGGACAUGAGUUUGCGAAGGCGGAGUCGGACGAUGUGACGGUGAUCCGCAUGGACAUCAGGGAUUCGAAGGCCUUUGACCUCAAGAACUACGGACCUGCAGCUCGAGCUUUGAUGUGGGCUGCGGCACGGGGGCAAAUCGAAGGUGUGAUUGGAGCCCCCCCUCGAGGACCACAGCACGAUUCACUGCUUUUCAGAAGAAUGAUGAUGGUGUGGUUGGUGGCGAACUCGGGUGCCGUUCUCAAUGGACUAUGUGCACCGUUCUUCAACAUGGAGGCUCCGACGUACCACCCUGUAUGGACCAGUAUGUCAUGGUUUCGGUUUAAGGAUGAGCUGCGCUUCCUCAAGUACCACUCACUUGGAGUACAGGGCCACAUGUACUUUAUGGCGUCUUCUUUGGAGCUGUCCGAUGGAAUGAGUAUUGAAGAGGCUCACAUUCGAGAUUUGAACUACGAGAAGCCUCCAUCAACCUGGCCUUCAGCACUGAAGUAUGGUCUGGCCCAAGCAAUGGUAAACGCGCAGCGCCUUACGGACCUAGCGUACUGGCAGAACCACAUCAACAACAACCAUGUUCCCUAUGACAAGAGGUGCCGUACGUGUGUGCGGGGCUCUGCCACUGGAAGGGCCCACCGGCGAUGCCUUACACCGUCGGCGUAUACGCUGUCCAUGGACAUUUGUGGCCCUAUGAGAACUCGUGGGGAAUCGCCGGAUGGCAAGAAGUUCCGGUACCUCUUGGUAGGAGCCUACUCGCAUCCCAAGCUGGACCUUCCCAAGGACUACGCCCUCCCACCAGUUGAGGAGGAGGACGAGAUUGAGGCGGAGAUGGACCCGUUUGAGGAGGAAGAGAAGGAACCGCAGCCAGAGGUGGAAGAUGAUGAGGAGCAGCGAGCAAUGAAUGAGAGGUGCAAGGAGAUUUACAAGGGCAUUGGCGACGACAUCGAGUGCCAAACCUUGCAUUUUGUGGUCCCAAUGGUUACGAGGACAUCCAAGGAGGUCAGGGCGAAGAUCCAGCAAAUCUAUUUACAGUUGCGACAACAUGGCCUUCCUUUGGUUCGCAUACAUUCCGAUCGCGGGCUGGAGCUCAAGGCGAAGGAAACGCGGGCGUGGAUGGCAGACAGAGAUAUUCUGGCGACAACGGGCGAGAGCCAGCAGCCUCAGCAGAAUGGCAGAGCAGAAGCCCUGGUUCGCGAGAUCAAGCGCCGGGUUAAGGUUUUGCUCAGAGCCGCGAAUUUACCUGUGAGUUGUUGGCCGUCGGCAGCUGAGUUUGCAGCCAGGAGACAACGGGACCUCGCCCUUGGCAACUAUGAGGAUAAGGACCUUCCGUAUGGUGCCCCCACCCAUGUGAAGCGCAAGCAGUUUGGGCAAGGUGGAAGAUACGACCUCCUGGAGCGAUGGCGAGAAGGAACCUUUGUGGGGUACUCCAAUGAUGUGAAGAACGGACGAGUGGUUCGGCACAUAGAUGGUUCCUAUACUACUUCAGUCCACAUCAAGCCCUACUUGUUCGACCCUGAAGACGCUACAAUUUCCCGGCUUUUGCGGGAACCGGACAACGACAUCGACCUACUGGCCAAGGACUACAUCGACAACGAGAAGUUUACCUUGGAGGAUGUAGUCAAUUUCUGGGAAGUUCUGAAGGACAAGGCGGGAUCAACAACAAGAGCGGCUCAAGAUGGAGGACUUCAGUGGAUGGUGGGACAGUAUACCUACGGUGGAAAGUGCGGGGUGAUGAGGAACACGGACAUCUACCCCAUCGCAACCUCCUACCUGGUGGAAGCCUUCAAGAAGCUGACGGGAAGGACGGACUUCACAGCCCUAUUGCUCACUGAGAAUGUGGGGAUGAAGUGCCACCGUGAUGUUCACAACCACGGCCAGCGAAACAACCUCUUACUUCCUCUACUACAAUGUGACGCGGGUGGUGGUGUUUGGGUUGAGUCACCUUCCAGUGAGUAUGACCUUACAGACGAGUGGAAGGAAACCCCAAAGGGAGGCUGGAGACGGGGUCGCGUACAUGAACUACGGCCUGGACACCUCAUUCAUAUCAAUCCAAGGAUGUUUCAUGCCACGGAGACCUGGGAAGGAAGGAGAUUGGUGAUCACAGCCUACACCCCACGAACUUCCAAGAUGACCCAGUCAAUCUAUGAUCUCCUAAAGGACUAUGGUUUUGAUCCUCCUCCACUACAACCUCAAGUACCAGAUGAACUCAAGAAUGUGUAUCUCAGGAUGAUGGCCUUGGAGGGUACAACGGAACCUGAGGCGGUGAUGUUCUUGAUAAACGAGGCUGAGGAGGAGAAGAGAUCAAAGACCAAGGCCAUCAGCCAAGAACUUCAACAACUACAAGAGGAUGUAUUGGAGCGCUUGACGGAGCGUCGGGAGUGGCUCAAGGAGUUCCUGGCUGAGGAGGAGAUUCUGGCUGAGGAGUUCCAUGACAUCGGGGAAGUGAUCCGUGACGAGAUCAAGGGUGUCAACGAUGUUGUGCGUGACCUUAUUGCAGACGUGGAGGAACAGAUUAAGGUGGCUGAGGAGAAGUGCAACCAGCUGUUCAUCAAGGUCGCAAAUGUCGAUGAUGAUAAGGAGAUUGGGGACAUUGAGGAGUAUUUGUCCAAUCUCAAGAAGGACCUUGAGGUGACCCUGGAUGUCCCCCUCGACCAAGUGAAGACCAACCUGGAGCAAUGGAUUCCACCUAUGAAGGCCGAAUUGGCGAACCUUGAGGAGAAGACGGACGCUAUCGAGCGGUGGCCCAUCGCUGAGGCUCGCAAGCUGGAACAGGAGGGGAAACUUAUCCUGAUACCAGGGAAGGUUGUCUGCACCGUCAAGCCACCGCCGCCGGUGGCGUCGUCACCUACCAAGAGUCAGCAACCGAGGUGGAAACGCAAGGCCAGGGUGGUGAUCUGUGGGAACAUGGCUGGCCAAUGGCAUGACCCGAACGACCUCUUUGCGGCAGGAGCAAGCGUUGAGGGUUUGAGGUUGGCACUCGCCAUCGCGGUCGCUAUGUCAUGGUGUAUAGCCUCCACGGAUGUGUCUGCGGCCUUUCUGCAGGCAAGAUGGCCUGCCGACCGUCCCACCUACGGGGUCAUUCCGCCGAAGAUACUCCUGCAAGCUGGACUGGUAGAAUCUGGAGUGGUAUUCAUCGUCAAGAGGGCGUUGUAUGGCUUGCGGGAGAGUCCAGCGUUAUGGGCGGCUCACAGAACAGAGACACUCCAGGGACUCUCGGUGGAGAGUCCAGAAGGACGCGUCUACUUGAAGCAGAUGAUUACCGAUGGUGAGCUGUGGAUGAUCCUUGUGGAGCCAAAGGGAGGAGGAAGGCCAAUUCUGCGAGGAAUCCUUGUAACCUAUGUGGACGAUCUCCUCUACAUGGGAAAGAGAGACCUCAUCGUCAAGAUCCAUGAAAAGAUCAGUUCUAUUUGGCCGUGCUCAGCAUUGGAGUUUGCAGAUGAGGGCCUGAGAUACUUGGGAAUGGAGCUGGUCCAGGAGGAGGCCUACGUGACAUUGUCCCAGGAGUCUUAUGUGGACAACUUGGUGAGAUUGCAUGGGCUGGAUCCGCAAUCUUCAGCGGGAUUACCGUGCCCCAAGGAAUGGCUGCAGGAUGAGGACUUUGAUGACAGCGUCGAGAAUUUCAACGACGAUGAGCUACGUCGGGCACAGCGUGUUACAGGCGAAUGCCUGUGGCUGGCCUAUCGCACUCGGCCCGAUAUCCUGUUCGUCACGAACUACAUGGCCGCGAUGACUUCGAAGAAACCGGUGAAGGUUUACAACGUGGGUCUCAAGGUGAUUUCCUACCUCAAUUCCUCCGCCAAGCUGAAGCUCAAGAUCGCAGCCAGUGCAGAACAGAUGCAGUCCACAGAACAGAUGCAGUCCACAGAACAAAUGCAGUCCACAGAACAAAUGCAGUCCACAGAACAGAUGCAGUCCACAGAACAGAUGCAGUCCACAGAACAGACGCAGCCGGGUCGAGGAUCAGAUGGGGUCAAGCAUGUAGCAGGCUUCAGGGUUCCCCUAGCUGGAUAUUGCGACGCAUCCUUUGCCCCUUACGGGGGGAAAAGUUAUGGUUGCUCUAUGACAAUGCUGGGUCAGACUCCUGUGUCGUGGAAAGCAGGGAAACAACCGUUAGUGGCUAUGUCCGUCUGCGAGGCGGAACUACUCGAGGGCUCGAACUGCGCGUUGCUCCUUGAAUCUACGAUGGCCAUGGUUCGGGAGCUUCUUCCAGACAGUUUGCCUCCAAGGAUGUACAUUGACAAUCAAGCAGCUGGCAACAUCCUGAACGGUUCUUCUGGAAGCUGGCGGACCCGUCAUCUUCGGAUUCGCCAUUCGUAUGUGUUGGACCGGAUCAAGGCUGGACAUUUGUUUGUUGAGCACGUUGCAGGGCAGGAUCAACCGGCUGACCUACCAACAAAGAUGCAUUCCAAAGCAAGAUUGUUGUAUUUGCUUGGCGUUUGGGGAAUGGUGGGCUUAGAAGGACUGAACGGAGAAAGGGUCCUUGAAGGCCUGAAGCUUGGUUGUCUUUUGUUGGUGAUGGUGGCUAUUCAGUCAUUGGCGGCAGCGGCGGAGGAUCAGCAUGGAAACGAGCCGGUGAAACUCAAGGAACCCCUGCCGGUGACUGGGACGAGUGAGUUGGUGGUUCUUGUGUUGGUGACGUGCAUCGCUGCCGUGGCUGUUUGGGAGCUGGCAAAAGGCAUCUACGCUACGUGUGUCCCAAUGAUCUUUGGCACCAAGAAGUCCAGGAGGAUCAAAAGGCUCCGAGAGUUGGCCAAGGCAGCAGCAGAAGCGGAGGUUGAGAAGUGGAUCGACGACGGAGCUCAACCACGAGAUGAAGAUAUUGUUAUGAAUGUGAGACGUACCUUGAGGGGAACUGCAUCGGAUCCAGGACCUACAACACAGCGACGACAGCCAACGCCACCGGAUGAAACACCGAGGACCCCCGAUAUGAGGGGAAGGAGCCCGGGAAGACCCAUGGCUCAGAGAACAUCGGUCUUUGGAGGGACCAGACCACCUACUCCACCCAUUCCGAGGGACGUUGAUGAAGGACUACUUGAGCGAGAGAGGGUUCUCCAUGAUGUGCUAAGUUUGAUGACGGCGCAACACCUUCGUGAAGCCCUGGCUCAGGAGGGCCUUCCAGUUUCUGGCCUUAAGGACGAUUUGGUUCGCAGGUUGUCACCGAGGCUGGGUACAGCAGAGUCCUUCCCAGCUACUCUUCCGACGACAAGGCAGUACCGUUAUCUUCUUUACAUCUGGAGGCAUCGAAGGCUGUCAGGAAGAACCCAGAUCCUGUGGCCAACUGUGUCGUCCCGGUCCGCAAUUUCGGCAUGGAUUGCGAACUGGAAGGAGGCCUAG